CCUCUAGUCUCUUUCGAUGGGAACACUUCCUGAUUCGAUGUGAGAACAAUACCUCGGGCGCAUUUCACCCGAUUUCUCUCCAGAUUUUGGCUAUAUUUCCUCAAAAGGUGCAAUAGCAGAGGCGUCGGGCACAUGGCUCGGCACCGGAGAAGUAUCGAGACGCUGUUGUUCGUCCUCUCGGCGCUGGUCGUGCUGACCCACCGAGGGACUGAGGUGACAGCGCACGGUCCUCUGGAUGGGCCCGAUAGACUGCCCACCAAAUGCGAAGUUUGCAAGUACCUGACGGUUGAGUUGGAACACCGACUGGAUGAGACAGGCAGGUCUAAAGAACAGAUUGAGCUGGGCCAGAUACUGGACAGGGGAGAGAGGAAGAAGAAGAUCAACUACCACACCUCUGAGCUGCGUCUGGUAGAGGCCAUGGAUGAUAUUUGUGAGCGGAUCCUGGAGUACAACGUGCACGCCGAGCGAGACGGGAGCAACCGUUACGCCAAGGGCAUGAGCGAAACUUUCCAAACACUGCAUGGGCUAGUCAACAAAGGGGUCAAGGUUGAACUUGGAAUUCCCUAUGACAUGUGGGACACGCCUUCAGCUGAGGUGACAGUCAUGAAAAAACAGUGUGAGUCGAUGCUUGAGAGUCAUGAAGAGGAGAUUGAGAACUGGUACUACAACCUGCAGGGGGAGAAGUCCCUCCUAAAACACUUCUGUGAGGACACUGUUCUCGGGAGGAAGGAAACUGAAUGCCUGGCUGAAACUUGGAAAGGGAGGAAGGGGGACACAGGAGACCCAGAGGACCCGGAUGGGACCAAGAAGAAAAAGAAGAAGAAGAAGGGCAAGAAGAAGAACAAGAAAAAUGAAGAGUCUGAGACACAAAAUGCCACUGCUGAGUCUGAAGACGACAAACCAGAGACAAGUGAAACAAAACCACCAAUGGAGGGAGGUCUGAAACAUGAUUCAGGAGAGUUAUGAAAGCUGUAGAAGAUUCAAAAUGAGAUCAACUAGAGUCUAAAGCUGUAUUAAACAGGUCACUGAAAGCAAAGAAAUACCAAAGACAUGACUUUUUUUUUCUUUUUGCAAAUCAGAAAAAAAUGGAGCAGGCAAAUCUGAAAACAAAGAAAUUAGCCUGAAAUUGAGCUGUAGAUGUCUGUAUAUAGAAGAGCAGAGGUAGCAGUAGAUUUAUUGUCUUGAAGUAAUUCUUGUCCUCCUUGGGAAGUGGAAUACGUUGAGAAAUAUUUUAACUGUAAGUUACUCUUUACUGUUUAAGUACUUAGAGUAAUGGCCAAGAAGACCAGUGAAUCAAGUCUAAGUUGUGGAAAGUACAAUGUAUGUGUACAGAAAAGAGCCAUUGAUUGUUUUAUGUUGCUGACAUAGUAUUUAUACAGCCUACCCAUACAGAGAGCAAUUUCAGACUUGAAUGUGUGUAUGGCAAAAUAGAAUUUACAUGUACAGACUUCACCAGCAAUUAACACUUUGCUUAUUUUGUUUUCUUUGCAAAUGAAUGUUUGGGAUAAACACAGGCAUAUGCAGGUUAUUAGUGCAGUUGUCAACCUGUGCCUAACACUGGUUCAUGGCCUUUACAGAACACAAAGUUCUGCUUAUAAUACAUGCAAAAAUCAUGAUUUUAAAUCUUGUGAUAUAGUAAACAUGAUGAAAGGCAGCCUCUUUUAAUCCCCAAUAAUUUAUUGCAAUAUGAAGUUGUCUUUGGUACAAGGCAAUCUAUACAUCUUCAGUAAAUGAUUUUAUACAAUUUUAAUUUACUUUAAUCAUGUAUACCAUAAUUUGUAACAACAUAACCUUCUAGGCAAAGGUAAAAAUGCACUGAAGAAAAUACUAUUCAUUUUGACAUAGCUUGCAUUGUGUUAAGUAGAUUGUGAAAGUGCUUGCACAUAAUUAGAUUGGUCAGUAAGUAUCUGUAUCAUCAUUCUAUUUCAUCUCCUGCUGGUAACUUGAAAAAACCCUCCUCUUCUUGCCAGUUCUCUCAGAAUUCUUGCAAUAUUCUGGCAGUCAUCUGAAAAAUAAAACAGCAUUAUGUAAUUUUA